CAUGAGGUCUGUGAAAGCUGUGUCCUUCCUCUGGAUCAUUUUCCAGGUGUGCCUGUGCGACGAGGGGGUGACCGGGGUGACCGGGGUCACCGACGACUACAUCAACGAUGACAACAGCACGGUGGACUACAGCCAGUUCGAGGUCCUGUGCACCAAAGGAGACGUCCGCAGCUUCAAGGCCGUGUUCCUGCCGGCCGUGUACUCGGCCAUCUGCGUCGUGGGGCUGCUGGGGAACGGGCUGGUCGUGCUGACCUACCUGUACUUCAGGCGGCUGAAGACCAUGACGGACGUGUACCUGCUGAACCUGGCCCUGGCCGACGUGUUCUUCCUCCUGACCCUGCCCUUCUGGGCGGUGAGCGCGGCGAAGGCCUGGAUCUUCGGGGCGUUCCUGUGCAAGGCCGUCUACUGCAUCUACCGCAUGAGCUUCUUCAGCGGCAUGCUCCUGCUGCUGUGCAUCAGCAUCGACCGCUACUUCGCCAUCGUGCAGGCCGUGCAGGCCCACAGGCACCGGCACCGCGUGGUCCGCGCCAGCAAGCUCUCCUGCGCCCUGGUCUGGGCCCUGGCCUUCGCGCUGGCCACCCCGGAGCUGGUCUACAGCCACACCCGGGAGAGCGACGGGGCCGUCCGCUGCUUCCUCGUCACCGACAACGUCCAGCGGUUCAACACGGGGAUCCAGGUGUCCCAGAUGGUGGUGGGCUUCCUCGUGCCUUUCCUGGUCAUGUCCUCCUGCUACCUGGUCAUCAUCCGCACUCUGCUGCAGGCGCGCAACUUUGAGCGCAACCGGGCCAUCAAGGUCAUCAUCGCCGUGGUGGUGGUCUUCGUGGUCUUCCAGCUGCCGUACAACGGGGUGGUCCUGGCCCGGACCAUCUCGGCCUUCAACGCCACGGCCAGCCAGUGCGAGAAGAGCAAGCAGCUGGACGUCGCCACCGACGUCACCUACAGCCUGGCCUGCCUGCGCUGCUGCCUCAACCCCUUCCUCUACGCCUUCAUCGGCGUCAAGUUCCGCAGCGACCUGGUCCGGCUCCUCAAGGACUUCGGCUGCCUCAGCCGGGACAGACUCCUGCAGUGGUCCACCUGCCGGCUGGGCCAGCGAUCCUCGGUGGGAGUAGAGACGGAGACCACCACCACGUUCUCCCCCUAGGCCCGGGCCGGGGUUCCCCGUGGGCGUGGACAUCGAGACCGCCAACACGUUCUCCCCGUGGAGCCGGGCUGGGGAUCCCCGUGACCCUGGGAAUCUCCGUCGGUGUGAACGCCGAGACCACCGCCGCCGUGUUCUCCCCCUGGGGCCAGGCCGGGAUUCUCCCUAAGCGUGGGCACCGAGACCACCGCCGCAUUCUCCCACCCCGGA